CUCAAACCUUAUUCUGUUCGGCAUCAACUUCAAAACUACACCAAAUAAAGAGAGAAAAAAAAAAAAAAAUUUCGAAAGAGGAAUUUUUGAUCGUCGAAGAUGACUCGUGGUAAUCAAAGAGAGAAAGAUCGCGAAAGAGCCAAUGCUCGUAACGCUGCUAAAGGCAAGACUAAAGAUGAUGGCUUAACUCCUGAACAACGCCGAGAAAGGGAUGCCAAAGCUCUUCAAGAAAAGGCCGCCAAGAAGGCGGCACAGGCUGCAGCGAGUGGCAAUACAGGAGGUAAAAGCACCAAGAAAUAGAAAAUUAUUUUAAUGGAUGUCGCUUUACAUGUGUGAUUGUAUCGUCCCUUUGAUUGUGGGUUCGUAUUACUUAGUCUCUCCAUAUAUCUAUCAUGCUCGAUUCUAUGAAAAGAUUUAUGUUAAUUGAUGACACGAUGCUUAUGGCCGGUUUGUGAUUCAGUUCCUAUUUUAAAAGAUGAUAGUGUUAAGUUA